GCCAGGGCCCUUGGUCAUACUUCCUCCAGCAUCGCUAGACACACUGUCGCUUCUGUGUCGCCUUACGAGCAGUGAUUACCCCGUAAUUAUCCAGUGUAGAGUGGAUGUGGUGAAGUGAGCAGAGCCUUAAGGUGAUAGUGCGAGCAGUGUGCGCAGACAGCAACUACAGAGCAGUAGAGGAGAACCUUGAAGGCCACAACAGCAGCCUUCACAACCGCCCCCGCCAGCACCCGCCAUGUAUCCCACAAUGAUGGAGUCCAUGCCGGUGUCUUACGCCAGCACAAUGGGUGGUAUGAUGGGGCACUAUUUCGGUGGAGGCAGCGCUGGCAUGGGUGUGGGCGCAGGCGUGGGUCAGAUACCCCCUGCGCAUCACAGUAAUGCCCAUGCCCAGCAGCAGCAGCCGCCUCAGCAGCCCCCGCCACAGCAGGAGGGCAGCCACCCCCACCAGCAGGCACCCCUCACUUCCCACGCGCCGGCCCUCAGCCCUCAGGAGACUCUGACGACGAGUCACGCCCACCUCCGCCAGGCAGCCCUGGUGACGCCCGUGCCCACGCCCUCUCCCGCCGAUUCCACAGCGUCUGGCUGCUCCCCCAGCGGGUCAGCCCAGAAGAAGGAGAACGGUAAAGAUGACCACGUGAAGCGUCCCAUGAACGCCUUCAUGGUGUGGUCUCGCAUGCAGCGCCGCAAGAUAGCGCAGGAGAACCCCAAGAUGCACAACUCCGAGAUCUCCAAACGCCUUGGAGCCGAGUGGAAGACGCUGACGGAGGCUGAGAAGCGUCCUUUCAUCGACGAAGCCAAGCGGCUCCGGGCCCAGCACAUGAAGGAUCACCCCGACUACAAGUACCGCCCCCGCAGGAAGCCCAAGACCCUGAAGAAGGACGGCUACCCCUACAGCAUUCCCUACCCCGCCGUCUCCAUGGAUCCCCUCCGAGGAGGUUUCCCGUCGCAGCUGUCUCCAUACUACUCCGCCAGCGCCGCCGCGGCCAACUACGGGUCCAUCACUGCGGCACACAUGGCCGCCGCAGCUGCCGCCGCCGCCGCCGCUCAACAGCAGUUGACUACCCAGGUCUCUCAGGCCAGCCCCGUCGGCUACGGCUACGAUGCCUCGAAGUACACCAGCUACAUGAGCGGCUCUUCAGGCUACCCUAUGAGCAUGUACGGAUCCGCCGUCGGAGCCACGGACCACAAGUACGGCGAUACCAGCAAGGCCGCAGCGGCCGCAGCCGCCGUUGGGGGCUACGAAGCCGCCAAAUCCUACUUGGACAGCAGCAAGUAUCUCUCCGACAAGUACGGCCUGGAGAAACCCACUUCGUAUAUGGAUAAACUGGCCCAAGAGCCCAAGGACACCGAGAUGAAGAGCACGUCCCCUGGAAUCAGCAGCCCGCACCCAGGCGCCAUGGGUGGGUAUAGCUCGGCCGCUCUCAGCAACUACUACAGUCAGGCUGCCAGCACGUCAGCCUUCCAGCCCUCAGCAGCAGCUCUGAGCCAAGGGGUGCCCUCCACCAUGGCCGGCCUCCUGCAGCCCUCACAGGUGGCCACCUACACCAACGCGCAGUACCCGCCUGUGGGAGCCGAUUAUAGGAGGCCGCUGUCAGUAAUCUUCUAAAAAAAAACGCACAACCAAGCGAGUAUAGUCCGGGGGGAAGCCAAAGUGUCAUACCCGGGCCCCAGCCAUAGUAGCCGUCCCCCUUCUGUAAAUACCUAGUCACGGGGGGGCACUCUUGUAAAUAUGUAAAUAUUGCCAUGUUAGACGUCUUUCACUUAUUUAUGCAAGUGCCUGGGUGUUACUGUUGAUCUUGUUGGUUGAAGCUUCACAAGUUCCUGUCCACAGUACAAUUUAAGAGUGUCAGUGACGCGUGUUUGGGUCCCCCCCGGCCCGUGUCGACCGUGACGGGAGAUGUGUUUGUGGAGGCCGCGGAUCCGGAUCCUUGUGGGACAUCCCAAAUACCCGUCUGGACUCCCCCAUACUCUGGGCCAGCAACCGGUUCUCCCCCCCUUCAGCGGGAGCCACUGAGGGCCCACCAGAUGUGUAUUUUUAAGGCUCUUGGAAGGAAGUGGAAUGUUCCUAAGUCCAGUAUAUAGACUGCUUUUGGUUGUUUGAUGUUAUAUGUAAUAUUGUUGCAUGGUUGGUGAUGAGAGCCAGUAAUAUAGCGCUCCCUCUGCCCAGUAAUGUUCCUAAGCUCGCACGGUGUUCAACGCGGCAGAUGGUUGUGCCGGAUGCCUCAGCGGCAGAUGGUGGUUGCAACCACUUGCAUAACAGGUGGUGGUUGCAACCGCUUUCACAACAGGUGGUGGUGGUGGUGGUGGUAGUACUUGACACCUGUAUAGCAUAAUGGGAGUGCCAAUUUCUUGUUCGGCGAGUGGUGGUGCCAGCCGCGUGAACAACAGGUGGUGGUGCCAGCCAGCUGUACGGCAUCCUAUACGACUUGUGGUAGUGCCAACCAGCUGCGAGGCGUCGGGCACCCGCAGAAGAUAGUGCCAGGUUCUCUAUUGUAACUGUAUAUUCAAUAAACUUAAUAAAAAUGA